AUGGGGAAAUCGUUUGUGUGCAUAUCAUUCAUCCUGCUCCUGGGUGCCACCAUCCACUUUCAGGACUACUGGCACCCUCACUGCUCGAAGCCCUUUGUGAACAUCGGUGGACGGUGCUAUUUCUUCUCCUCCAACAAAGUCCCCACUUACGAGUACUACAAGGUCACCUUCAAGACUCGGGUUCUCAGUGUGCCCGUCGUAAUGGGUUGGCUUCAUGCGAACCUAGGCUGCGAGGCUAUUGAUGACAAGUCCCGGCUGGUAACUGUUCGAACGGUCGAGGAAAUGAAACAGAUUGCCUACUACUUGAAGUACAAGGCACAUGCCGCCACCCAUGCGGUCUUCUGGUGCGGCGGUCAUCGCGGACGCCUGUCCAAUCCGGACGAUGUUGAUCACAAAACACUCUACGACUUCUACUGGCACAAUGACGCCCUGCCCAUGAACUAUACCAACUUUGUGAAGAAGGAGCCACCAAAGACCCGCUUCGGCGAUGGCUACUGUGUCUAUAUGGAGUUUACGGGCACAGAACUGGUCAUGGGUGUGGAAAAGUGUGAUAAGAAGUUGGCCUUCGUCUGUGAAUGGGACCCAAAUUUACCCACACCACCCAAUCCUUUCGCCCCGCAACGCGACACAACUCUGUAGAGUAUUUAAAAGUACAUAAUUUCACGUAAUAUAUUGGCUAUAUAUAUUGGGACACUAAAAACUGCGUAUCAUUUGAUCGCUCCCAAAACCAUUUCUUCGUUAAGUAAAAAAACAUUUGAUCUUUGUAAUAGAUAUUGUUCAAAUAAAUUCCCAUAAAAUAAGGA